ACGCGGCGUCGCGACACUCCCGGGCGACACUUGCUCUCAAAAUUGGGAUACCAACAUUUUGCGGCUCUAUCUUUGAGAACCACCUGACAACAUACGAUAUCACCUGACCUGGAAAUUGAUCACAUGACGUGACGAAGUCCACUCUUAAAAUAAAAUUCGCUCGGCUCGGGAUGAAGUUGUUUUGCAGUAUCUGCGUUGCAUUUAUUUUACAAUCCAUCAAAUCAUGCCAUGGAAUAGAUUGUGAAAGCCUGCCCAUACCUAAGUCCUAUAUUGUAUAUGCCCUAAAAAAUGGUGAGAAAAUCAACAUCGACGGGAGACUCGAUGACAAUGCGUGGAAAGAAGUGACACGAUCUGAUACAUUCAUUGACAUCCAAGGUGAAAAAUUUCCAAAGCCUAGAUUUGACACUUGGGUAAAGAUGAGAUGGGACUACAAGUACCUUUAUAUUGGAGCAUAUUUACAAGAGAAAGAUGUCUUCGCUAACCAAACAAAGCAUGACUCUGUUGUGUUUAAAGACAAUGAUUUCGAGGUAUUUACUGAUCCAGAUGGCAGUACGCACUGGUAUAAGGAAUUCGAAAUCAAUGCUAUAAAUACCACAUGGGAUCUCAUCUUGAAUAAACCCUACCUCAAUGGUGGGUUUGCAAACAGUAGCUUUGAGAUGACUGGACUUCAAAGUGCCAUCUUUGUUAAUGGACCAAUAAAUGAUCCUUUACAUGAAGAUAAGUACUGGACUGUGGAAUUAGCACUGCCUCUACACAGUCUUGUAACCGAUGACAGUGAAGCGAAAGCUCCCCCAAAGCAUGGAGAUCAAUGGAGAAUCAAUUUCAGCAGAGUGGAAUGGCACGUCAAAAAUGUUGAUGGACACUAUGAAAAGGUACCUGGGCUUCAAGAAGACAACUGGGUAUGGUCUUCCCAGGAUGCCAUCAACAUGCACCUUCCUGAAAGAUGGGGGUUCAUUCAAUUCAGUAGUGAUGCAGUCAACCAAACUAAAUUUGUGAGAGAUCCUCGCUGGCCUAUCUACACUAGUCUAAUAGCAGUUUACAAUGCUGAAAAGGAGUUUUUCUCUGUCCGUGGUUACUUCACAGAGGACAUCAAUCAACUAGAAAUACCCGACUACAUCAGGAAUGGGACAUGCGCUCAGCCUCCUAACAUCACUGUUCUACAGAAUUAUAAAUUCACUGCUACUGUCCAGCCAUUGACCAAAGGUCUGAAAACAGGACAUAUACGGGACGACCGCCUCAUAUGGUUCACACCAUAAUGAGUCCCUUUGGUACACACAAAUACCACUUCUAGUUCAUUUCUUUAAAGAAAUUAGAGUUCAAUUCAAGAAGACUUAGUGAGCAAUGAGUUUGAGAAAGAUUCUUUAAAACUCAAUGUGAAUUGUACACAGCAAACACAAAAAUGUUUUCAUAUUGUUCAGAUAAUCUUUUCAAAACAUCUUAAAGUGUUGACAAAGUUUUUGAACAUUCUGAAAUCAAUUUGUGUUAGCUGGGAUACCAUAUAAUCAUAUUGAAGAAGAAAGUUUGAUGAAAAUCCAUCAAAUAAUGUAUUACAGAGUUUUACAGAGCAAACAGGUGUUAGAAAUUUGUUAAUCAUGUGAUGCCACUUAUGAGCAACUGUCCCAUUUUUCAUGUGAUAUAAUUUCCAUAAUUUAUAAGUUUUCAAUGGUUCAUGAUGACAAAAAUUAUGUCUCUUGUGUUUUUAAUAAUGCAUCUGGAAAUAUAUUGCAUGUUUGUAUAAUUUUUCAAGAAAAUUGCAUUUUAUUGAAAUUCUAUCACAUGACAGAUGGGGGAGCUGCUGGCAUGCAAUGCAACAACAAAAAAUUAUAAAUGAAAGUCAACCUUGUUGAGAGAAAGAGCUCUUUUUCUGUGACAGGUAUCACAAAAUAUUGUGAUAGUCGGGAAUCGUACACCACACAAACUAAAAAUUUCUCAAAAUAUGCACCCAAUGUUAUAGAAAAAUGUCAUGAAAACUUAGCAGAAAAAAAUUAUGUUUAAAAAUUAUCACAUUUAGGGUAGCUUAAUCAGUUCCCCAUCUUAACCCUAAAAUGGCCGGGGGGGGGGGGGGUUUGAAUCAACCCCCCCUCAACAUUUUCUGCGAUCAUUCCGCCGCACGAAUUUCUUUGACCGCGUCACUCGCAGAGUUUAUACUUUUAAGUCUCGCGCAUCUUUUAAGACCAAAUUUACAAUGCCCGUGUACGCGGUUCCGAAAUUACGCAACAUUUUGUAAGUGCAUGUCUGACCAAAAAUUGUUCCAAAACGUGAUUUUGUGUACAAAGUCAAUGCAAAUUGAGUUUUCUCAUCUUAUUCAUAAAGAUAUGAUUAUUUUUACUUUAAACAGCUGAAAGCAAUUGAUUUUAGCAUAAUUAUGCUUCAAAAAGGUUGUGCAAUAAAUCUGGUGAAAAAAACAAAGAAAAACAAAAGGUUGAAAAACAUAGAAAUACAUAAGAAAUUCAUAAAACAAUAAAAUACAUAAGAAAUUGAUUUCCAAACCGAAGUUUUUUUCAAUUGCCAUUGUUAAGAAUGCUACAAAGAAUAUUUUUACCAAAAAUUAGAAUUCUAGGAGCUUUAUUUAGUGAAUUAGAGCAAAAAGUAUGAUAUAUGCAUAAAUUAGCAUGAUUAAUUCAUAUAAAAUGAAAUCUCAUUAUUUUGGAAAAUUUUACCAUACAGCCUUGUAGAUUACAUCGCACACUACCAGUGUGCAAAUUUGUGCGGCGCUCGCGCGAUCGGCGGCCGAGAUCUCAGGGGGGGUUGAAUCAACCCCCCCCCCCGGCCACAGAACAGCCAAAAAAGCCCGGCCUAGUUAGGGUUAAAACAGGGUUAAGAUAAGUUCUUGGUAUACUGUUCAUCUCAAAACAUCAGCCUCCAAAGAGGUUUUUUUUCUUGCCAUAGCAUUAAAUACAAGAAACAUUUUGGUUUUAGGUAAAUUUGCAUAUCAAGAGAAGGUAAAAAAAAAACCUGAAUAAUUGUUAUGUACUGUACACAUGUUUGUUCAUCACAAAUAACUGUUCCAUAGGUUCCCAUGGCAUUGUUAGGUUACUACUGAUACUUGUCCUUGCCGUUACGAGUCCGAUGCUGUUGCUCAAAACGUCAGCAAUACAUCUGAUGCGGCUUCAAAAUAGCCACUGCCUAUACACUCGUUGUGUUAGUUCUUGUUGUUUAUCGACAAAGAUUUGCUGCCUUUUUUUCAUUACAAAAACUUGCCACCAGACAAUCGUCACUAAAAUACAAAAAGAACCAACAUGAGACGAGUGUAUUAGGCAGUGGCUGCCGAGCAUAGUCUUCCACAUUAGAUAUAUUGCCGACGUUGCACUUAACAGCAUCAGACUCUGCCAAGAUUAUAGGCUAGUCCUGGGCUUAUGAAAGCUUCCCAAAUAUAAAUUAUUCACAACUCAUGAUUCCUUGUUUUAACAAUGGAUUUAUUUGUAUACAUCUUUUAAGUCUUGCUCGUCAUACCAUAUUUUAUUUCUUCAAUAUUAUUUGAUAUGAAAAUUUAGUACCAUUCUGAUACAUCCUGCUUUUUCUGAAAAUUAAAAAGGCAUAAUGAAUGACUGGAUUGUUAUAAUUGAUUGGCAAAUAUAUGUUAUUGAUGAAGGAGAUUUGUAUAUUUUGUUGAAAAAAAAUAUGGAACCAACACCUUCAUGUAAGAAUUUUGAUAUCAAGCUUUGUUAGUAAGUAAAGGGUUUAAUUAGGAACUUCUUUUGCAAGAAAAUUUGAAAUAUAUUUCAACUCUGCAUAUCUUAGGAUUAAGAAAUUGAUGUAAUUAACUUAUUGGAAAUUCAGCAUAUGACAAAAAAAAUAUUUAUUAUGAAAAUUACUUCUACUUUGGUUUAUCAUUUAAUGUAUGUGAUUUCUUCUUUAAUAGGCAGAGUUAUUGCACUUUUAGUCUGAUUAAAUCUUUGGGGUGAGAGACAAAGUACAACUUGGAAUAUGAAAAUUAUAUUUCUGUGGAUUUGUGUGUCUUCAUCAAGCUAUUUGCAAACUAAUGUAUAUUCAUAUUAGAAAUAUGUCAUGUUGAGAUUCACAUGAUUUAUACAUUUUACCAUUUGUUCUUUGUUUUUUCUACCUUAACCUAUAGUUAUAGAUCAUGUACAUGUAUAAAGCGCACAUUAAAAUGUCUUCCAAGAGUGCAAAUUAUUAUUUGUAUAUAUUCAUGAAAUAUUCAAGAGGACUGAUAAUAAACCCGUUUUGAGAAUCAA